UUAAAUUUAAUGAAUUGGGGCAAAGCGUUGAUGGUCUGUGGGGCAAAGGCGAAUUACGAAUUUUCCAUAAUUUGUUUUAGUGACUUUGUGCAGCUGGUGUUGGUAUUGGUUCGCAAUUUAAAAUUUUUUAUGUAAGUUACGUCAUUUAAUUUCGGUUUUUAAUUUUUGAUUCCCAAAAACAAGUACAGUAUCGAAAUUAUAAUGAGCAAAGAAAAACCGACAGAUAAGAUAAAGCCGAACGAUGGAAACUGUGACGAGGAUUUAUCAGAUCUUCUCGACAGCGCAUUAAAGGAUUUCUCGAAGGAUGAAGAAAAGCCCACCGAAAAGGAUGACCAAACGAAAACGGAUUUAGCGGAAACGGAAUGGACCGAUGAGUUCAUCCGGCAGGCGGCCGAACAAUUCGAAAGUAACAUGGCGAAUCUGCUGAGGGAGACGGGCGGCGGGCCGAAUAUAUCCUCCGAUCAGGUCCAGCAAACUUUUCAACAGAUGGCCGCCGCAGCCGCCGCAGUUGUGUCGAACACGGGCGAGGGACAGGCCGGCCCUGACUUUACUGCGUCCAUUACGCAAGCGCUCAAGGGACUGACCGAGGGCGCGGAAAACUUGCAAAAUCCGUUUUCCGAGGCGGAUCUGAUGUCGAUGUUCGGCCAGCAGGACGGCGAGCAGAACGCGUUCGUGCCGUUCAUGCAGGGAAUGAUGCAGAGUUUGUUGUCGAAGGAUGUCUUGUAUCCGAGCUUAAAAGACAUUCUUAGUAAAUAUCCGAGUUGGAUGGAGGCGAACGGGGGCUCGCUAUCGAGCGAGGAACGUACACAGUACGAAAAGCAACAGGAAUUGAUGACGGAAAUUUGCGCGCACUUAGAGAAGGAGUCCGAUAACGACAGUCCGGAGCAGAAGAAGGUGCAUUUCGACACGGUCUUGGCACUCAUGCAAAAGUUGCAAGACUACGGUCAGCCCCCGAAGGAGUUGGUCGGUGAUUUAGGUCCGCAAAUACCGUUCGAUGCUCAAGGAAAUCCAAAUUUGAAUCAGUGCAGCCUUAUGUGAUUAUUAUUAGUUUAGUCAAAUUUGUUGCUAUGUAUUUAUAAACAUUUUUUUGUUUUUAAUAAUUUGUAUACUAAUUUAUCCUUUGGGAAUAAAUUUUAAUUGUGUUUGUGA